AUGAAGUUCGGCAAGACCUACAUGGAGACCAUGGCGGACCCCGCCUUCCCCGAGGAAUGGAGGAACGGUGCUUUAGAGUAUAAGCAUCUCAAAAAGCUCAUCAAUGGUGUCGUCGCCGAGCUCGAAUCCAUCGGCCUCGGUGCUGAUGUUCUUCGAGAGCUUCUCAUUCGCCCUGAAGAUGAGGCGAAUGGCUCCCCACACGACUCGCCCAAGCACAAGACAAACCCGCUCCCAGCCAACGUCGGUGGCUCUGAUUCUGCGCUGGCAGACGACUCUGGCAACAGCUCGGAACAGGAAGAUCAGCAUGGUGCUCCCAAAAAGCUCACUCCCGCUGGAAAGUGGGUCAGCGACUUUUCCGUCGACAUGAUUCGCAGAGCCUCAACUCCCGGCAAAUCGGUCGCUGUGACGAAUGCAAAGGCCACAGAGACAGCCGAGGCUCCACCAGCGUCCUCUAGCAGCGCUUCUCAACAACUGCCGGCCAAUUCCGACGUGCUAAACGUGCCUUCGUCACCCAAGCCUCGUCGCUACAGUCACGGCGUCGAAGCCGUCAGCUCCUCGAUGGACGAUCUAUAUUUGCACUCGGAGACGCGCGGCCGAGCCUCUUUCAGCGCCGGUCAUCCACCAGAUGCUACCAAAUGGGCAGGGCUCGGGCGAAAGGACUUGGCAGCCAUGGGUCUGAGCAAGAGGCCCUCCGAUGGCAACGCUGCAGCCGCUCCCAGCCGCUCCUAUGAUCCUAGCCCAGGCCGUCACGAUUGGAACGCUAGCAAGUGGAGGGAGGAGGCAAAGCUCGAUUGGGAUCCCAGCUCGAAUACUACCAGGAAUCCUCGCACCACCCUGUCCCUACCCAACACCUCGCGCAACGACAAGAGUGCCAGUCCGGCGAGACAUCGCUGGGUCGAAGGCAAAUACGGCCGCCGCGCCCGUGCCGAGUACGAGCUCGGUGGCACACCAGAGCACCCCGUGCCUCGCAUUCGACUCUACAUCGAAUCGCCGCUGCCUUCCGAUGAUGAAGGGGACGAUGACGAGGAUGCUGACAACAGUGAGGCUGCCAGUCUUUCGGACGACGCUAGCAGCCGCAAGAGCCUCGAAGAGCAAAUCAUCGAGCUUCCCACCACUCCCACCAGACGCUUCUCGACCAUCCCAGAGGAUGGUCCCGAAGGCGAGACGCGAGAGCAAAAGGUCAAGCGUCAGAGCGAGAUUCGAAGGAAGCGCGGCACUCGUUCCCGCGAGGUGGUGAUCCCACUCACGGCAGACACACAGUUCCUGGACACGCUGACGCAUGCGCUGCAGAAUCUGUCCAACAUCCAGACGCACCAGCGUGACAACUUUGUGCUCGAGACCGAGUCGCUGUGCUCGGCCAUCGCACGUGCUUCUAGUCCCUUUGCGUCCAAAAACGAUCUGUACGUGUGGAGGGAGAUUUUCGGUCUAUGGGUCGACAUGCAGGUGUUCGAGAGCCAACGCGAAAAGGACCGUGGCGAGCUCAGCAUCGAUGAAAGCGAAGCUCGACUGAAGCGCUUUGCACUCGAGCUCGCCAAGCGCGGCUGGAUCCACGAUCCUGAUGCGCCUGCGCCGAGCAAAAAGGGACGUCUCGUCAAGCUCAAGCUCGGAUCGGGUCCCAGCAGUCAGGGUCUCAAGAAUCAAGCCAGCGCCACCGCUAUUGAGGAUUUCCUGCGUCUCAACUUUGCUCUGCUUGACGUGAAAAAGUUUCAGCGCGUCAACGUCGAGGCCGCACGAAAGAUCCUCAAGAAGCACGACAAGCGGACGGCUCUGACGGCUAGCAACGAUCUUCGGGCUUUCAUGGCGCAGCAGGAGGCAGCGAGGCGUGCAAUGGGGAUCCAUCCCGUCGGCUCAGGCGGAGUGAUCAACCUCCCCGCGUCGGCGUUCCAGCCUGCAGCGGAUGUAUCGAAUGGCAAUUCGACAGCGCUCGUCUCGUCGGCCGCGCACCCUUCGUUGGCGGCGUUGCUGCCGUCGGCUACCACGGGCAUCCUGUCCGAAUCGCUGCCGCACAUCCUCCUCUCGCUCGUCACCACCACGCUUCUGCCCAUCCUGCCCGCCGUCGACGACUACAGCUGUGCCAUCUGCACUUCGGUGGCGUGGAGGCCCGUACGGCUCGACUGCUCGCAUCUGUUCUGUCUGCGAUGUCUGGUCAAGCUGCAGCGACAGGGCAAGGACGACUGUCCGCUGUGCAGGGCCCCCAGCGUGGUCAAGACGGCCGAUCGCCGAAACAUGGACGAAGACGCCGACAAGUACCUGCAGACGUGGUUCCCGCGGGAGGUCAAGGAGAAGUCCAAGGACAACGAGAAGGACCGUCGACAGGAGGAUCUCGAGGCCUUGGGGCUUCGCGAGGAGAAGUGCGUGAUCCAGUGA